UACGGGCAGUAGCGUAUGUUGCGUUAGAAGCUGUUAAACUUUUUGUCCGCGUUCCAAUACUGGCUUUAGAUGUAGCUAAAUCUGCAGUAUCUGUUGCUCAAUUUGUAGUAGACAAAUCAAGAGUCGUUCUUGUUCUGGCGGAAGGUGUCCUUGAAGUUGCUAAACUUGGUCUGGAAACCGCUAAAGCGGUUCUUGAAAUUGCAAAGUCUGGCAUUGAUGCCGUUAAGUUUAUUGUAGGAGCAGCAUUACAUGUAUUUGAUUUAAUUGUGAAAUAUGGUCUUCAAUCCCUACUUGAUGUCAGGAACUGUAGAUUUGAGGUUGAACUUUCAACUGAAGACAAAGCUGCCUUUGAAGUAUCGUGCGAACUUCAGGCGUUCCACCUCCUUUGGCAUGAAUUUACAUUUGAAUUUGAUUUUAGAUAUCCAGCAGUCAGUAUGUGGAGAAUAGCUAAAUCUACAAUUAAAACCUUGUUGGAAUUCGUGGGAGACAUAUUUGGAAAACGCAAAAGAAGGUCAAUUUUGUAUAAAUCAAUGUCUAAAUUGCAUCACAUAAUACACAUUUAUAAAAGGGAUGUGACAAAUCAGUCGGAAUAUUUUUCUAACGAACAAACAAAUGGUUCCUUUCAACAUUUUGAUGACAGUUCUGAAGUACACUUCAAAAGCAAAUUUAAAACACAGAUUGAAUACUUUGCCUUUAAUUGUGAAUCAUUUCGUCACACAUAUUCAUUUUUAUCAGAAUCAAUUGAAAGCCUUUAUAUGAUGACAAAUGAAUCCACUUCUGCUCUUAAUGACGUAAUUAAUCUACAAAAUACGAUCAAUGACAUGAAUAUCCCAAUAACAGCCGACAACUUAACAGCGGAGUCUCUUGGAAUAAGCACCGACUACGCACUGCGAGAAUUCAACCUUACAGAUGAGGAUAUACGAAAUGCUAUUGAAAAUGCUACAGAUAUGUUGUCGGAUGAUUCGUCUCUCUCGCAAAUGGCAAAUGCUACCAGUUUUGCAGCAGAGCUUCUUGAUACACAGAUGGCAGAUGAAGAUUCCAUAUCUGUAAUUGAUCACUGGAUUCAUGGAAUGACGAAUACUUCAAGAGACUAUUUUGACGAAACAGAAUGCUAUGAUUUUAAGGACUGCGUUUUAUACUCGUUUUCUAAUCUCCAUGAUCUAUUUGAUGAUGACACACUUCCUGAUAUAGAAUACAGCAGAAAUGCAACCGCUAUCCUUGAAGAUCAGUUUUCAGAGCUUCUAUUUAACAGCAGUAGAUCAAUCAAAGAUACAAACAGACUUCUAGUCGAAGUUUCCGAAUGGUUAACUAGACUAAAUUAUUCUAACGUAUUUUGCGCAGUACCUCCAAAUGUUUCAAUUGAGGAUCCGAAUCAAAUAGCUCUUCUCGGAUCAUCCAUCAAUAUAAUUUGUAAUGUAAUAGGUGACCCAAGACCUAGAAUUAGCUGGUAUCACAAUGGAACUCUCCUUAUUAGUGCCAAUCAAGAUGUACUUCUGCUAAACAAUAUUCAACAAAUUCAAGGAGGAAUAUACAAAUGUUUAGCAGAAAAUGUUGUUGCUAAUGUCUCCUCAAAUGACGCCGAGGUAUUUGUUAAAGAAUGUCCCCCUGGUACGUUUUUUGGCAAUGGAAUGUGUUCGUUAUGCGAUAUUGGUAUGUAUCAGCCCUCAAAGAAUCAGCAAAAAUGUAUUGCUUGUGGAUCAGGACUUAAAACGUCAGCAACAGGAUCAAAAGACGUUUCCGGUUGUGUUGGUCGAGUAAAGAGCACGGAUAAAGCGAAAAUAGCUGCCGGUGUCAUCGUAGGAAUUGCUGUUGUUAUAGCUGUUCUUUUCGUUUUCUUCAAAUUAAUGCAACCAAAGAAGACGAAAGUCAAGCCAUAUCCAGAUGCAGUAAAAAGACCGGAUUCCGUGCAGAAACCCGUGUUUAAGCAUGCGUUUGUUGACCCAGUUCCCACAGGCAAAAACUAAUAAUCUAUAUAUCUAAAACCUUAUAAUAGGUGUGCGUUUUUUUAGAAUAGCAUACAAAUAAUUAGAGUUUGAAUUUUCAUUUUUAUUCCUGACGGCAUCUUUCUUUUCAAAAACAUUUAAAUGAACAAUCUUUGCAUGUAAAUAAACAUGAUUCCCGUUGAAUUGAAACUGUUAUAGACAUUUAUUUUUAAAGGUUUUAUUUCAUUCUGUUUUAUUUGAUCUUAAUUACACAGAAAAUAUUUUUUCAUGCGACUGUUAUUUGAUCUUUCAUCCUCAUUAUGCAUGUAAUACUUUGCCAGACAUAACAUUUUCUGUACGUUCUGUCAGUUAAAAAAGUUUGAGAAGCAUAUGAAAUGGAAUGAAACGUAAUAUUGUAUUUACUUUACACCUAAUGUAGUUGAAAGCACCUCACAUUUUUUUUACUAGUUUGAAUAGGGAUUUGGAUCAUAGGAAAACGGGUAAGAAUGUAAACGCAAAUAUCAUUUAAAAUAAAUAUUUUUAGAAUAGUUGGCCUCUUUUAAUAUUGGGAACGUCAACUUACAUUCACAAACAGUACAAAUUGCAAAAGAACCUAUUUGGAUUAACAGAUGCAGUUUUACAUAUCAUUAUUGUAUGUUUACUUUGAAUGCAUAUUUUUUUGUGGAUUCGCGUACCAAUACAUAUACUUUGCUAGGUCUGCCUACGGGAAGUUUAUAAACAAAAGCAAAACAAAACAAUAACCAUCUGAUUUAUAGAACAAUACAUAUGUAUGGAUCCAAUAAAAUUAUUAUAAAGCAUUAUUGAAGACAAAUUUCCUACAAAUGUAAAUAUCUAUCUAAAAAGGAUACAUCGCAAGACAUCCUUCACUAAAAUUAAUGAAUCGUCAUCUUAAAGUAAAUAUAAACAUGAUAAACUUAAACGUACAGAAGAAUUAAAUCUGGGUUAGAGUGUGUAUCUUUUUUUUAAAUUUUGGAUGAGUAUUCAAUUACUUAUAUAUAAAACAUGCAGAUUUGGGUCAUCGUGUUGCUUGGUCUUUCAUUUUUUUUAUGAAGCGUUUGAUGGACUUGUUUGCCUUUACGUCGUUUUGUCUUUUUUCGUUUUUUGGGGUUUUUUUUUUGCAAUCGCGUUGUCAGUUUUUCCUCGACUUAUGAGUUUGAAUGUCCCCUUGGUAUCUUUUUUUAUAUGUAAUAUAAUUUGGGAAUAUGUCCAGGAGUACACAAUUACGCUGUUAAAAUCUCAGGGUAACAAAACACAAUAAGCUGUGAUAAUGUGAUAAUUAGUUUCGAUUAAAUGACUUAUUUUGAAAAUGUUUAAUUUAAAUUGACCCAGUAUGUAAUAAAUUCAAGGGAAAUUGGUCUUAUCUCUUUGACAGAAUUAGUUGAAAAAAUAAUAUGUAUAUUUGCGUAUUACAAAGUGUUGUGGUGAUCCGCAACUCUAAUUUGCAAGAUCAAACUUUUUUAGUAUACAAAACAAAAUGUAGGAAACAUAAACAUCUACUUAUGCAUGGAAAAAAAAGUUUCAUAAAAAAAAAUUAGCAGUCGUGUAUAUAAAAUGUUUACAAUUUUUAAACACAAAUGUAUGUAUUAUAUGUUCAUUUAUGUCAUGAUUUCUUUUUCAUAUUCCGUCCACUGUUUUAAUAGAUGUUAUCAC